AUGAAAUCUCUCCUUCGCAAACUCCCCCACCAGUCGUCCUCCGCUUCUCCCUCCUCUCAAAUCCCUUUAUCCCUCCUCCCCCCACCUUCCUCCACCGACAUCCUCACCCACCGCACCCACCACGGCACAAACCUCGGCGGCAUCUUCGUCCUCGAAAAAUGGCUUUUCCCCUCCCUCUUCCCUGGCCCCACGAACCGUAGCUCCGAGCUCGACUUCCUCACCUCCACCACGCACAAUCUCGGCUUACGCUCCACACGGGAGAAGCUAGAAGCCCAUUGGGCCGGUAGCGUCACAGACGCCCUCCUCGAUGAAUUGGCAAAAGCGGGCGUCACGACCGUUCGCCUGCCCUUAGGCUUCUGGACCUUAGGCCCGCAGUUCUGCCAAAAUACGCCUUUCGAACCCUACGCAUCGGUCUACAUGCACGCGUGGGGUUUCGUUGGAGAGGUGUGUAGGAGAAGUAAAGAGCGCGGACUGGGUGUAUUGCUGGAUCUGCAUGCCUUGCCUGGUAACGCGAAUGGGAGAGACCAUGGGGGUACGGGAGACGGUGUGGCGGGGUUUUGGGAAGAUACGGACAGAGGGGUGAGUUGGAGACCGGGGGGACGGGAGGCGGUGAAGUUCUUGAUGGGGGAGGUAGUGGAGGAGAAAGUUAAGGGCGUGGUGGGCGUGCAGGUCAUCAAUGAGGCUCCCCACUGGAGCUGGGAGCGGGAUGGUGAAGGGGGAUUAGGGGGUUGGUAUGAGAGUGUCUUGAAGGAUCUCGAAAAGGAAGGAUUGAGUGGGGUGCCGGUAUAUGUGAGCGAUGGCUGGGACACGCAGAGGGCUGUCGACUGGAGCCGGAAAUACAACCGCGUUGAUAUUGAACGAGAAGCGGGGAACGGGGGAAAAGGGUACGUAGCAGGCGUGGUGGUGGCGACGAGUAAAUAUUUUUGUUUCUCUGACGCCGAUAAAGCUGCGCCCGCCCGGGGCUUAAUCGAGAAUAUCGAGAAGGAAGCUGAAGGUAUCGAGAAGAUGGGUGGGAAUGUUACUGAUCAUGGCGCGGGACAAGUUGUGGUUACGGAGUGGAGCUGCGGUCUCCAUCCUACGAGCUUCGCUGGGUGUGAUGACCAUAAGCAGGUGGAGGUGAGAAAGAGGUUUGGAGCUACGCAGGCGAGGCUGUGGAGGGAGAAGGUCGGAGGCGCGUUUUACUGGACGGGCAAGACGGAGGGAGGGGAGGGCGAGUGGGAUUUUGGUGAUAUGGUACAGAAGGGGCAUGUGAGGGCGCCGGAACACGCCUCGUGGGGGUUUGAAGAGGUUGGGAGGAGGGUGCAGGUGGCGGGGGAGGGGAGUGAGCGGUUGAUGAAGGAAGUACUUGGAGCACAUGUUGGUUAUUGGGAUGGUGUGACGCCGGUAGAGAGGAGAUGGGGGCAUUGGAGAUUUGAGGCGGGGUGGAGGCAGGGGUGGGAGGAUGCUGUGGGGUUCUUUGAUUCCAGGAGUAAGAGUCAAGAGAGGUUUCCCAAGGCAGAGAGGAAGGGUUGUGAUACGGUUGGGCUGCUUGAUCUAUGGAUAUUGAAGAGGAUGAGGGAGGCGGGGCAGAAUGAGGGUCUUGCGUGGGAGUGGGAACAUGGGUUUCGGCAGGGGGUGAAGAAUGCUGAGGAGCUGCUUCUCAGGGGUUGA